UACGAAACACGUGGCUGUCUAACAAAAAAUAAAAAUAAAAACUGAGGAAAAAUUCACCGAUUCUCGUGAUCUUCCAUCUCGAAUCGAAUCCAGAGAACGGAGAUCCAAUCCACCGUUUUUUCUUCGUUGAAAUCGAAAACACCGUUUCCGGUUCAGCUUUUGUUCCUCGUCAAUUUCCAAUAUUGGAAGGUUUUAAUUGUUGAUUCCGGUAGGGUCUAUAGUCCACCCAUGAAGUUUUAAUUCAAGUUUCCAAAUAUAUUGAGCCAUGAGUUUCGUUUUUCGAGGAGCAAGAGCUGACAUAGAAAAUGGGUUUCCAGGAUUUAUACCUGAGAGGCGUGCAUUGCGUGUUCAUGCAGCACGUCCUAGUAACUCCAACUCACUCACUUUUCUCGUAACAGUUCUCCUGUUAUUCAUGAUUCUGAACUCUCACCAGAUGUCACCAAAUUUUCUGCUCUGGCUGGUGCUUGGUGUUUUCUUGAUGGCUACAAUGCUAAGGAUGUAUGCAACAUGUCAACAGCUUCAAGCACAGGCCCAAGCUCAUGCAGCAGCAGCCAGUGGCCUUCUUGGCCACACAGAACUACGGUUGCAUAUGCCGCCAUCAAUAGCACUUGCAAGCCGAGGGCGUCUGCAGGGUCUUAGACUUCAGCUGGCACUUCUUGAUCGGGAGUUUGAUGAUCUAGAUUAUGAAACUUUAAGAGCUUUGGAUUCGGAUAAUAUUUCUACUGCACCUUCUAUGACUGAGGAAGAGAUAAAUUCUCUUCCUGUCCACAAAUACAAGGUUUCUGGUCCCCAAAGCAGUAGUUCCUCAAAACAACAAGCAUCACCAUCUUCUUCUGCUGAGAAGACACAGGAUAAUUCAAAUGCUGUUGGAAACACGAAACCCUCCGAUGAUGAGCUCACAUGCAGUGUAUGUCUGGAGCAAGUUAAUGUUGGAGAUGUACUUCGGAGCUUGCCCUGCCUACAUCAGUUUCAUGCUAAUUGCAUUGAUCCUUGGCUGCGGCAACAAGGGACAUGCCCUGUAUGCAAAUUUCGCGCAGGAUCUGGAUGGAAUGAUGGUGGACAUAAUGAUAUCGCGGACAUGGUUUGAUUACCUAGCCUAAUUUUUUUAAUUAUGAAUCUGUGAUCAUAAUCUAUUUUGUAACUGUAAUGACUUGUCAUGCAUCAGAAUUUGUAGCUUAUGACUUGUAAUCUUGUAAUUACCCUGACAUAGGGAUCUGAGGAAUAGUAGAAUACCGUGUAACAACUAUAGAGUUAUACAUUUGUUUCCUAUAGAUUACAGAAAGUUCAUUGGGUCGCCAUGUAAAAACCAAAAAGUAAGUACAAUUUUACUCCUUUUUAAUGCCU